CGCGCGGCUCGAGUGGGCGGGGCGGCGGCCCAAUGGCCACGCCCCCACCCCCGCGGCCGGCGCAGGCGGUGGUAGCGCCUCAGUGGUGCGGGCCUGCGCCCUGCCCAGGUGCCCGCAGAGAGCAGCCGGGCUGCCAGCGUUUCAUGAUCAACAUGGGGGACUCCCACAUGGACACCAGCUCCACCGUGUCCGAGGCGGUGGCCGAAGAAGUAUCUCUUUUCAGCAUGACAGACAUGAUUCUGUUUUCGCUCAUCGUGGGUCUCCUAACCUACUGGUUCCUCUUCAGAAAGAAAAAAGAAGAAGUCCCCGAGUUCACCAAAAUUCAGACAUUGACCUCCUCUGUCAGAGAGAGCAGCUUUGUGGAAAAGAUGAAGAAAACGGGGAGGAACAUCAUCGUGUUCUACGGCUCCCAGACGGGGACUGCAGAGGAGUUUGCCAACCGCCUGUCCAAGGACGCCCACCGCUACGGGAUGCGAGGCAUGUCAGCGGACCCUGAGGAGUAUGACCUGGCCGACCUGAGCAGCCUGCCAGAGAUCGAGAACGCCCUGGUGGUUUUCUGCAUGGCCACCUACGGUGAGGGAGACCCCACUGACAAUGCCCAGGACUUCUACGACUGGCUGCAGGAGACAGACGUGGAUCUCUCUGGGGUCAAGUUCGCGGUGUUUGGUCUUGGGAACAAGACCUACGAGCACUUCAAUGCCAUGGGCAAGUACGUGGACAAGCGGCUGGAGCAGCUCGGCGCCCAGCGCAUCUUUGAGCUAGGGUUGGGCGACGACGAUGGGAACUUGGAGGAGGACUUCAUCACCUGGCGAGAGCAGUUCUGGCCGGCCGUGUGUGAACACUUUGGGGUGGAAGCCACUGGCGAGGAGUCCAGCAUUCGCCAGUACGAGCUUGUGGUCCACACCGACAUAGACGCGGCCAAGGUGUACAUGGGGGAGAUGGGCCGGCUGAAGAGCUACGAGAACCAGAAGCCCCCCUUUGAUGCCAAGAAUCCGUUCCUGGCUGCAGUCACCACCAACCGGAAGCUGAACCAGGGAACCGAGCGCCACCUCAUGCACCUGGAAUUGGACAUCUCGGACUCCAAAAUCAGGUAUGAAUCUGGGGACCACGUGGCUGUGUACCCAGCCAACGACUCUGCACUCGUCAACCAGCUGGGCAAAAUCCUGGGUGCCGACCUGGACGUCGUCAUGUCCCUGAACAACCUGGAUGAGGAGUCCAACAAGAAGCACCCAUUCCCAUGCCCUACGUCCUACCGCACGGCCCUCACCUACUACCUGGACAUCACCAACCCGCCGCGCACCAACGUGCUGUACGAGCUGGCGCAGUACGCCUCGGAGACCUCGGAGCAGGAGCUGCUGCGCAAGAUGGCCUCCUCCUCCGGCGAGGGCAAGGAGCUGUACCUGAGCUGGGUGGUGGAGGCCCGGAGGCACAUCCUGGCCAUCCUGCAGGACUGCCCGUCCCUGCGGCCCCCCAUCGACCACCUGUGUGAGCUGCUGCCGCGCCUGCAGGCCCGCUACUACUCCAUCGCCUCAUCCUCCAAGGUCCACCCCAACUCUGUGCACAUCUGUGCAGUGGUUGUGGAGUACGAGACCAAGGCCGGCCGCAUCAACAAGGGCGUGGCCACCAACUGGCUGCGGGCCAAGGAGCCUGCCGGGGAGAACGGCGGCCGUGCGCUGGUGCCCAUGUUCGUGCGCAAGUCCCAGUUCCGCCUGCCCUUCAAGGCCACCACGCCUGUCAUCAUGGUGGGCCCCGGCACCGGGGUGGCACCCUUCAUAGGCUUCAUCCAGGAGCGGGCCUGGCUGCGACAGCAGGGCAAGGAGGUGGGGGAGACGCUGCUGUACUACGGCUGCCGCCGCUCGGAUGAGGACUACCUGUACCGGGAGGAGCUGGUGCAGUUCCACAGGGACGGCGCGCUCACCCAGCUCAACGUGGCCUUCUCCCGGGAGCAGUCCCACAAGGUCUACGUCCAGCACCUGCUAAAGCGAGACCGAGAGCACCUGUGGAAGUUGAUCGAAGGCGGUGCCCACAUCUACGUCUGUGGGGAUGCACGGAACAUGGCCAGGGAUGUGCAGAACACCUUCUACGACAUCGUGGCUGAGCUCGGGGCCAUGGAGCACACGCAGGCGGUGGACUACAUCAAGAAACUGAUGACCAAGGGCCGCUACUCCCUGGACGUGUGGAGCUAGGGGCCUGCCUGCCCCACCCACCCCACAGACUCCGGCCUGUAAUCAGCUCUCCUGGCUCCCUCCCGUAGUCUCCUGGGUGUGUUUGGCUUGGCCUUGGCAUGGGCGCAGGCCCAGUGACAAAGAAAGACUCCUCCGGGCCUGGGGUGCAUCCUCCUCAGCCCCCAGGCCAGGUGAGGUCCACCGGCCCCUGGCAGCACAGCCCAGGGCCUGCACAGGGGCACCGGGCUCCAUGCCUCUGGAGGCCUCUGGCCCUCAGUGGCUGCACAGAAGGGCUCUUUCUCUCUGCUGAGCUGGGCCCAGCCCCUCCACGUGAUUUCCAGUGAGUGUAAAUAAUUUUAAGUAACUUCUGGCCCUUGGAAUAAAGUUCUGUUUUCUGUA